GACGAGUGUAGCGAUGAGAUUCUGCCACAGAUUUUGUGCAACACUACUGAAUGUUGACUUGUGAAUUGAUUACCACUUUUAUUUUGUCAUUUUUAAGCCCAUUGGUUGUCUCGUUGUCUACACAUUCUGAUUCUUCGUGCUCCAUGUCAGUCAGCUACAGCGACGUUAGCUUGACAAGCACACCACGCAAACAAGUAGCGCUAAAAGCGACACUCAUCUCCUUCAUGGACUGAAGGCUUUAUUUACAUCGCUCGCUGCUAAGCUGACAUGGCUGCCAACCCUCCAGGACAAGGCUUUCAGAACAAGACCCGGGUGGCCAUCCUGGCGGAGCUGGACAAGGAGAAGAGGCGGCUGCUGCAGAGCCAGUCCAUGAACAGCCCCGGAGCGAACAUCCCCCUGUCGUCCAGACCGAGCCUCAAGGAAGUGAGGGACAGCGCGGAGCAGCAGCACAUCGCCGCCCAGCAGAAGGCCGCCCUGCAGCACGCUCACGUCCACUCGUCCGGCUUCUUCAUCACUCAGGACUCCUCGUUUGGGAACCUCAUCCUCCCGGUGCUCCCCCGCCUGGAGCCCGACUUUUGACUCCGAACGUCCCGACAAAUACUGACCCGUGCCGCGGCCCCGGUGGACAAUGGCAACAACUCACAUGCAAAAAUCAUACCUGUUGUUCAGUUUCUCUCUUUUAUGCGACCGUUGUCCUGUGAUCAGUCUAACUGAGAUUUUGGCCUCCAUAUAACCUCACUGACAGAAUAAACAUGGUAUUUGAAUGCAUUGAAUCAGUGUUUGCUCCAUUUGCAGGGAUAAAUAUUGGAAAUGUGGGUCCCCAGAAAGAUAAGUACCGUCACCCCCCCUGAUUAUUUCACACAUUCUGCUGUAACUAUACAUCACCAUUACCUUUCACGUCACUAACGAUGAAGUCUACCUGUUGUCAGGCAGACAGGAUGUCAUGAUACAUGUAGUGCUUCAAGAGUGUAAUAACACACCGAGGGUUGUAACAAAGAGUGGCAUUUGUACACGAGUCUUAAUUGCUUGUAGCUGGAGCUUUCUAUUAAAGGUAAUGAUGGUGAGAAUGUAGUUUUAAGACCCUAAUUAUCUUCGACUUAAUACUGUGCCUACAUGGUGCACACUGUAUACAGUGAUUAACCAAAUU